AUAAACGUCCCGCAAUUGAGAUCACCUCUCUGAUCAACACAGAACCCUGAUUGGCGUGUUGAUUACGCUCUCUCCUAAGACCACGACAUGACACCCUGACCGCUCUCCAGUGCGACAGCGCAGCACCAUGGAACAACAAACCAAAAGUCCAGCGAAUGCCGUUACCACCACCAAACAACCGCCUCCAGAGAAUCCCGAGGCCAUUCGACUGCGGACGAAAGUUGUCUUCUCCUUUUGGGCCGUGAUUCUCCUGCUGGGUCUGCCAACAUGGUGGAAGACAACUUCCAUCUACCGUGCCGAACUUCCAUUGCAAGAUAUGCUCGAUUGGGCUGAUGGCGUGCAUACCACUUCCAAUUAUCCUCUUCACAUCUGGAUCAGUGCGCCUGCCUUCAGCUGUCCUAAUGCCCACCGUCUUGUUCAAGAAACUCAACGAAGCCUUGAUGAUCUCAACGAAUACCCUAUUCUCCACCAGCGACUUCAUUUGGUCGACCUCUCAGCCAAUAUCACCAGCGAUGAAACCCGGUGUGGCGAUGACCCCAACUUCCUAGGUCUUGGAGAGCCUGCUCUCAAGAUUCUCGUCGAACCGACCACCGAGUCCUUCUCCUUUGACCUCGAUGCAUCACCCAGCACAGCCUUGGCUCGUAUCCCCAUUAAACAUCCCGCAGGCGGAGUGAAAGCUCUAGCGCAAGCAUUACAAGAUCUCUACCUUGAUGAGCAGAUUGCUGCAGCUCUACAAACUGUGUCUCUUAAGAACCACAAUCACAAUGCUGCUGCCUUUCUCAAAUCUCAGCCCUACGACACAGUUGUCAAAGUUGAGAAGCAGCUCAGUCGCGCGUACAAGUCGUCGCCCGAGUUUAGCCUAACCUUUUCCCUGUUCACCGCAGGAGGUGCACCUUCAAGUUGGGAAAUUCAAGCCUCGCUACGUCAGCAUUUUGACCCUCUGCUUCAGGCCCUCUCCGAAACUGUGUCCUUUCAAGUUUCGUCUCAGGUCCAGCUGUACUCGGCCUAUUCGCCAUCCGUGCAUUCCUUUUCCACCCAAAACACCACAUAUCUCAAGCAGCAUGAUCUGACGGCAUUUGUCAAUGCAGCGGAAUGGCCCCUGGCGCCGUCGAUAGGAAAUGGGCCCACGAUCAACUUUGUCUUGUACAUCCCCUCUCCGGGUCAAAUCCCUCUGCAUAUCGAAGGUGUGGAUGGUACCUCUUGGCUGAUCCCCCAAUGGGGCGGCGUACAGAUUUUCAACCCUGUGUUGACUGCCCAUCCUGAGACUGGACGACUGGUCAUGCCCGAUCAUUUGAGCAAGGAUGUCCUUGACCAACCCUUUGCAACCUUUGCGACUCAAUUGCUCUCUCUGCUUGGAAUUUCACAGCCGGACGAGCCUCCUCGUGGGCUAGCUCUGCGUCAUCGACUCGUCGCCUACAAACGACUUUCAGCUCUAAAUCUUUACUUGCGAGCAUCUUCCAAUCUGGGCUCUUUAUCGCGGCUCGCCCAGCAUCUCGGCCAAAUUCCCAUCCCCAGGAAUGUCGCACAGCUCGUCGACAGUGCCGUCCACAAUCUAUCCGAGUGUAGCAAGGCUUUUCUUGAGAGCCGAUGGGCUAGAGCUUUGAUGUCGGCCAAGUCUUCGUUCCUCGACAGCGACAAGGCUUUUUUCGACCGAUCAAUGGUUGGACAAGUCUAUUUCCCGGAUGAGCACAAAGUCGCAGUUUAUUUGCCGCUUCUUGGUCCAAUUGGCGGUCCGCUGAUCGUAGGCUUGGUGCGGGAACUCAAGAGGUUGGCCUCGAGGAGAGGAUGAAUUUGAAAUGACCAGGACAAUCAUUCGGUGGCGUUUGCGACUGAAGAUCUGAUGAUGAUUAUCAGUCUAUGACGAUGGCAACACAAACUUGAAUGACGGUGUUCAAGUUUCAUUCUUGUCCGUUCGCCCGCUCUCGCAAAGCUGUCACCCGCCCAAAAUACUUGUCAGUUCAUCUAAGCAACUUCACAGGUGUUAUUCUGGGGUGGCGUUAUGAUACGGCCAUCACAUUUCGACAGCUACUGUUUGGAGUCUGAGGGCGCCGUGCUUGACCGCGAGCUCGGCUGACCCGUCAUGUGAAUCAUCAUGGAAUCAUCAUGCUGUUCACUAGUGUGUAUCCUGCUGCUUUGGAUGUAAUGGACCACACACUGGGGCCAAGGCUAGCACAAUACUGCGAAACUUGGUCAAGAAGGAGGUAUUGUUCCGGAUAAUACCACUGUCGCAUUUACUCUACUUUCAAACCUCCUUUACGAACAAGAGACCGUCCGCAGCGAGCAGUCAAGCUCAGGAGGCAUGUAUUGCUAGGCCAGAUCAAUGUGGUUCAUCUUCAGCAGUGGGUUAGCUAGCUUGUUGGCGACUUCGCUUGGAUGUAGCUGUGUUGCUAAGAAGCUUCUCAUCCCAUUUUCCACCCUGAUUUGACGUCUAGUCACAGCAAAAGUCAUCACAUCACAUAUGUGGCCGAGGACCGCAUUUGCCCAGCGGUGGACUGGUUGCCGCGACGAGGAGGCCAGGAAGAAGAAUAAAAAUGGAAGAUUUUCGCUGAAAUAGAAUGCAACGAACUGCCAGACGUUGAAAGGAGAAUUACCCUGACCUCAUUAGCAAGCAGAACAUAUAGAUGAUACCUCGAGUGCC